GAGAGCUUAAUUAUUUCAUGGAGGCCUGAAUUCAAGGGCCCCCAACCAACCCAAUCAAUCCAACUGAAUAAUAAGAGGAAAAAAAUAGAAAGAAAGAAAGAACCCAAUGAGUAGAUUUAGAUACCCUUUUCCUUCUUCUACCAUUCAAAUUCCUUUCAUUGAUUAAGGUUUGAUUUUUUUUUUCUUUUUUUCUUCUUGUUGUUCCUCCCCAAAGUUAAAGAUGUGGAAAGCCUAGUGUUUUUUACACCUCUAUUGACUCCACUUUCUUCAAAUCAAUCAAUCAAUCUCUCUAUCGCUCUCUUUCUCUCUCUAUUUGACCUUCAAAUCCAGUCUUCUUCCUCUCCAAUCAUCCAAGUCUGCAUCUUUUCUCGGAUGCAAACCCACCCAAGUGACCAAAAUCCAGAAAAGAAGUAGUUUCUUCCAAGAAACCAGAAGAUUCCACUGAGAGAGAGAAAGAAAAUAAAGUAGAACACCAACUAUCACUUUCUUGCUUUCUUCCUUAUCUUCCUCAUUCUUUCGAUUCACAGCUCAACCAAACCAAUCUCCUGAGAAAUAAAGGGAAACUUCCCAGACCUCAUCGAGAAGAAAACCCACAGACCGAGAAGAAGAAGGAGCCGCAGACUUAGAGGGACGAGAAGGAGAGGAAGAAGAAGAAGAAGAAGAGGCCCCCAGAUUUUCCCAGCCGAGAAAUUUUUUCCAGGAAAAUGGGGCAAAUGUCCCACGUUGACAACAUCCCGUCAACCCCGGGAAAAUUCAAGAUGGAGAAAUCGGCGUGCAUUCACAGAGGGAGGUGGCAAUCGUCCAUUGCCAAGCUCACCUUCUGGUCCUUUGUCUUCUUGGGCUUGAUCUUUGUCUUCUUCUUCCGGUCACCGUCGUCGACUUCCCCGACGGCCGCCGAUCUCUCCCGGCGCUCGCUCAGCACCUACUCCUGGGGCGGCCCGGCCUGGGAGAAGCGGGUCCGGUCCUCGGCCCGGGUCCGGUCCCACAACGGCAUCUCCGUGCUGGUCACCGGCGCCGCCGGGUUCGUCGGAACCCAUGUCUCCGCAGCCCUGAAACGGCGCGGCGACGGCGUCCUGGGCCUCGACAAUUUCAACGAGUACUAUGACCCGACCCUGAAGAGGGCCCGGCAGGCCCUCCUGGAGCGCUCUGGCAUCUUCAUUGUGGAAGGAGAUAUCAACGAUUCAGCCCUUUUGAAUAAGCUUUUUGAGGUCGUGGCGUUUACCCAUGUCAUGCAUUUGGCUGCUCAAGCCGGAGUUAGGUAUGCCAUGGAAAACCCUAGCUCUUAUGUUCAUAGUAAUAUUGCCGGGCUUGUUAGCGUUCUUGAGGUCUGUAAAUCUGCAAAUCCACAGCCUGCAAUUGUGUGGGCAUCUUCAAGUUCUGUGUAUGGAUUGAACACAAAAGUGCCCUUCUCAGAGAGGGAUAGAACAGACCAGCCUGCAAGUCUAUAUGCUGCAACCAAGAAGGCUGGGGAAGAAAUUGCACAUACCUAUAACCAUAUAUAUGGACUUUCCCUAACUGGAUUGAGAUUCUUCACUGUUUAUGGCCCUUGGGGAAGGCCAGACAUGGCCUAUUUCUUCUUCACGAAGGACAUUCUGAGGGGGAAGCCAAUACCCAUCUUUGAGGCACCUAAUCAUGGCCAGGUGGCCAGGGAUUUCACCUACAUUGAUGAUAUUGUGAAAGGUUGUUUGGCGGCACUGGACACCGCGGAGAAGAGUACCGGUAGUGGGGGGAAGAAGAGGGGGCCUGCGCAGUUGAGGGUUUAUAACUUGGGGAAUACUUCCCCUGUGCCCGUUUCGGAUCUUGUGAGCAUCUUGGAGAGGCUGUUGAAGGUGAAGGCCAAGAGGAUGAUCAUGAAGUUGCCUAGGAAUGGGGAUGUGCAGUUCACGCACGCCAACAUAAGCUCGGCUCAACGGGAGCUUGGGUACAAGCCCGCCACUGAUCUGCAGACAGGUUUGAAGAAGUUUGUGCAGUGGUACAUCCGUUACUAUGCUUCUGGCAAGGAGAGCUCCCAGUAAGACAAGACAGACUUCCAUUCAAUUAAUUGUGCGGUAGGAUGUUUCGGGUUCUUGUUCAUUUUGAUUCAUAUGAUUGUUUUUGACC